AUGAUUAUUAAAACUGAAGUUUUGUUUGAAGAAAACAAAAAACUAAAUGAAAUAAUAGAUGGAUUAAAAAGAACGUUCAAUAACAAAUUAAAACAAAAGGAUGAAACAAUAAGGAACCUUGCUGAAUCUCUAGAUAAGAGACAGCAAGAAUUAAAACAAAUGGAUGAAAAAAUUGAAAAUAAAAAUGAAGAAAUUAAGAGAUUAGAAUUACUGUUAAAGCGAGAGACUGAAGCUCAUAUAAUAACAAACGUCCAGUUAGUAGAAAUAAAACAUCAUAGUUUAACUAAAAGAGAAAACUUACAUCAAGAGCAACAGAAUCAAAAACAACGACGUCAAGAAGAGUUGGAAGAGCAGCAACGUCAAGAGCAAUUGCAAAAACAGCGACGUCAAGAAGAGUUGGAAGAGAAGCAACGUCAGGAGCAAUUGCAAAAACAACGAAGUCAAGAAGA